CGCAUUUUUUAUAUUCUUCUUCAGCUUUUAUAUGGGUACAGUCUUUCCCCACCACAUCCUAAAAGGUGUUUGUAACUUGGAGGUCUUUGCUGACUCCUUCUCCAUUUCAAACGCCUCAAACGCAAACGCAACCGCUGAUUGGAACGUCGGGUUUACAACAAGGAAUCCAGGUAACGGAUGUAAAGUCUCUCUCCGCACCAUCAAAUCGCGAUUGCUCCGCGGAAACAAGCUUAUCUCCGAGUCAUCCACUCCUGAUUAUUUCGGUUUACUCGUAACCGGAAAACUCAAUGAUGUACCGGUUCCUUAUGCGGUUUUCAAAACGGUUGCAACGCCCCGCAAAGGCGUGGUUUGGGAUAUCCGUGUCGAAGUUGUAACUAGCGUUAAGAUAAACGGUCGAUCCGGUCAUGGAGAUGGUUUCUUGAUCGUGACUUGCCGCGAUAUACCGGUAAAUUUCACGGUAGAUCCGGCUGGAAAUGUGAAUGGAUCGUUGAUCGGAUAUAUGAGGCCUUGUGAGUAUUUAGUCCAGAAGGAGUAUACGGACCCAUCCUUUUAGACUUUCUCUUCGAUCAUGAAUCUAUCUCUCUCUUUUACAUGUGCUUGGCGUUAGGGUUAGUGAAUUUGUUUCUUUCUUUCCAAACCAUUUGACUAUCACAGAUUACAUAUUGUAGCUCUUUUUUUUAUUGCCAAUGGACAAAUACAUAUAAUUGUGCGAU